AUGGACACGAUAACGAAGGAAAUCCAGAAGCAGCAUCCGUGGACUCUACUCUUUGCCGACGAUGUCAUGCUCGCGUCGGAGUCUCGAGAUGAUCUUCAGAAACAAGUGCAGUCUUGGAAGGAUCAGCUGCAGCAAUAUGGAUUGCGCCUCAACACAUCAAAAACUGAGUACAUGGAGUGCGGACCCAGGAUAGAGGAUGGUUCAAUUCGUGUUGAUGGCACCGAAUUAAACAAGGUGAACUGCUUCAAGUACCUUGGAUCCAAAGUGACUUCCACAGGCGACAUUGAUCAAGAGGGUCGAGCACGUGUUAAUGCUGCAUGGAUGAAAUGGAAAAUGGCAACAGGGGUACUAUGCGACAAGAAAGUCCCUGUUCGACUGAAGUCGAAGAUCUACAGGACGGUUGUGCGUCCUGUUGCCCUUUACGGAUGCGAGUGCUGGCCGACAACGAAAGCCUUGGAAAGAGUGCUGCACGCUAUGGAGAUGCGGAUGUUGAGGUGGACGAUAGGUGUAACGCUAAAAGAGAAAGUAUCCAACGACACUGUGCGCUCCAUCUUCGGUGUCGUCCCGAUAACUGAGAAGAUGGAGGCGCGCCUGAGAUGGUUUGGUCACGUAUUGCGGCGGGAGGAAGAUUCUGUUGCCAAAACCGCUCUGAAGCCCGACGUUUCAGGAGUGAGGCCGCGCGGGAGGCCAAAGAUUCGCUGGUUAGACCGUCGUCGUGUGAAGCUGGAUAUGAUAGAUGCACGUUUGUGUACGGCUGAUGCAAUGGAUAGAACCAAAUGGAAGACAAGAAGCAGAAAAGCGGACCCUGCAACAACGCGGGACAAACGCUAG